CAAAACAAAUAAACGAGGUAUCUAAAUUCUUAACAACUUCGAGCCCCGCGCACCCAAAACACAACAACAACCUCUUCAAUGGCUACAACCAACGGUCCCGACUCCUCAGGUAUUUUAAACGAAAAGGAUGGAAUAUCAAAUGAGCCUAAAAAAGAAACUGCUCCAAUUCCAAACUCUGAGCCAAAACAUGAAGAAACUGAAAUUAAAGCCCGGGUAGAUGCUAUGUGGGAGCAAAUGAAUAAAGGCAUGCCUAAUAAGACGCCUAAUUUUUCUUUAAACAAGCCUCGCUCAACUGUGAAUAAAAAAUCAAAAAAUUCAUCCACGAAUUAUAUGGCGUAUCUGGGUCUCGCACCAAAAAAGACAGGAUCUGUUGAAUUAGAUUCACUGCAGAAGGAACCUAGUGUUAUGCAGGACAGCACAAGUGAGGAGGCCAAGAGGCUUGCUGCUGCUGCUGCUCUUUCAGCAGUUAAGGAUGCUGCAGCUGCUACAGCUGCUGCUGCUGGCAGGGGGAAAGUUGAAAUUACUGAAGUUCGGGACUUCGCUGGUCAAGAAAUUGAAGUUAAGAAGCUUGUUGAUGCUGAUUCAAAGGAGGCUUCUGAAAAAGCCAAAGGUGCUGCACCCUCCGCUGUUGAUGCUGUCCUUGAACAAAUAAAGAAGAAACAAAAGCUCAGUGUGCUAGACAAGUCAAAGAAGGAUUGGGGGGAAUUUAAGGAAGAAAAGGGGUUGGAAGAGGAGUUGGAUGCUUACAAGAAGAGCUCAAACCAGUAUUUGGAAAAGGUUUCCUUCUUGCAACGGACAGAUUACCGUGAGUUUGAGCGGGAGAGAGAUGCACGGCUUGCUCAGCAGGCCAAGAGGAGGACAGAUAUGCGAGAGGAACCAUGAUUGCAUCAUGCUGCCAAGUUUCAGUAUGCCCUUGUAAGCAAUUGCAAAUAGACAGAUGAUGGGAAGUUGCUCAAAAUUUUUAUGGUCUCUGAUGCCGACGAAAAGAACCCUUCAAUAUCGCUGAUGGGGAAUUUUAGGUUUUAGAUUUCCCCUAAGUUAUGGGGAUUUCAUGUAAUAGGAAAUUUCUGAGGACAGAAUUUAUUGCACACCGAUUAUUUGUCCUCUUAUUCAAUUUUUAUUUGGUGGGAUUGUAGGCCUCUUGAUUUUUAGAGCCUGGAGCAUGCAGUGCCACUCGAGGAAACAGAACAGAUGAAUUAUCAUAUCUCGCUCUUUUAGCUUUUUCCCAUUAAAUACAAAUGAUCUAGCUAUGGCUUUACCA